AUGAAUUCUUAAUUAAAUACUUGUUUUUUGCAUUCUUCACAAAUUUAAUAUUUUUGUCAAGAUUGUGAUAUUUCACUUUGCGAAACUUGUCUACUUACAUAACAUUAUCAACACACUCUCACUUACUAUGUACCUAUUCAAGAUUAGAAAUUAAAAAUUUUAAAUGGCAAACACAUCAAAUGGCUUUAAGAAUAAGAAUAAGAAGUAGAUGUCUUAUAAAAAAUUAUUCAAUUUUAAAUUCAAGAAAAGCAGAACAUUAACCAUACUUUCAAUAAACCACUUAGUAAAAGUAAUUAUUUAUAAAUUUCAAAUCAAAUAUUGAAUUCGGAUCAUUAAACAAUAGUUUUUAACUUCAUAGAAAAAAUAAUUACUUAAAAUGAAGAUUUUGAAUAUGAGGACCAAUAAUAACUCUAUCUAAAUGCAAUUGAAUACAAAUUGAAUUAAAAUUUGUGGCAAAAAUUGUGUUUGUAAUUAUCAUUGUCAGAGAAACUUCAAAUACUUUCAAUUAAUUUAUGUAGUUCAACAUUGAAUACAAAUCUAUUGCAAUAACUCAUUGAAUCAAUUUCAAAUCUCUAGAACUUGCUCUAUGUUGAAUUAGAUAUGAAGCAUACAUAUUUAGAUGACAAUUCAAUUUAGGUGUUAUCUGGAGUGAUGAAGAUUCCAAACUUAAUUAAGUUUAUAGCGUAUGUCUCCUAAUGCAAUAUUGCUGUGGGUACUUUGCAUUAAUUCUGGAAAAGGAAUAAAGAAUAAAUAAGAGAGAAGUUUAAUUAUUUCUACAUAUACCAUCAUUUUUAUUCUUUUGGGCAUGAUAAAGAUUUUUAUGAAGAAAUAAUGGCUAGCAAGUCUUCAAUUUAUUUGGAUUAAUUUUCAGAGUCAACUUUUGUUUGA